AUGUCAGCGGGAAAUCAUUCCACAGUGACCGAGUUCAUCCUCACUGGGCUAACAGACAAUCCAGAACUCCAGCUGCCCCUCUUUCUUUUCUUCCUAGCAAUCUAUGUGGUCACAGUGGUGGGGAACAUAGGCAUGAUCACCCUGCUUGGGCUCAGUUCUUACCUCCACAACCCCAUGUACUAUUUUCUCAGCAGUUUAUCCUUCAUUGAUCUCUGCCAUUCCACUGUCAUUACUCCCAAAAUGCUGGUGAACUUUGUAGCAGAGAAGAAGACCAUCUCCUACCCUGAAUGCAUGAUUCAGCUCUUCUUCCUUAUUUUUGUUAUAUCAGAAUGUCAUAUGUUGGCUGUGAUGGCAUAUGAUCGCUAUGUUGCCAUCUGUAAUCCAUUGCUUUACAAUAUCACCAUGUCUUAUUAGGUGUGCUACUGGUUGGUAGUUGAGGUAUAUAUGAUGGGUUUGAUAGGUGCCACUUCUCACACAGGAUGCAUGCUAAGAGUGGUUUUCUGCAAGGCUAACAUAAUCAACCAUUUCUUCUGUGAUCUUUUUCCACUACUGAAGCUCUCCUGCUCCAGCACUUAUGUCAAUGAAGUGGUAGUUUUGUGCUUCAGUGCAUUUAAUAUUCUUCUACCAACCCUGGUUAUCCUUGGCUCCUAUGUCUUCAUCAUUGCCAGUAUCCUGAAAAUGCACUCAGCUGAGGGAAGGUCCAAAGCCUUUAGCACUUGCAGCUCCCACAUUUCAGCUGUCACAAUAUUUUAUGGUUCUUUAACAUUUAUGUACCUGCAACCAUCAAAUGUCAGCUCCAUGAACCGAGGCAAAGUGUUAUCUGUGUUUUAUACUACUGUUGUGCCGAUGCUGAACCCCAUGAUCUACAGUCUAAGGAAUAAGGAUGUCAAAUAUGCUCUGAAAAAAAUUCUAGAAAGUAGAGUUCAUAAGUAG